AUGAUCAUUCGAACAUUGAGACUGCAAUUGCGAUUGCCAAAACCAGUUUACAUAUCCCCGCCAUGUCGGUACUACUCAACUGAUCUUGAGAAAUUGAAAAAGGAAUCUGACACCACCGAGUCCGAUAACUCGGCAUCCGCCACAGGGGUUAUUGAUAAAACACACAACGAAGUGUUGUUGUAUUACGACCACAUAUACCCAUUUACAACAUCCAGAAAUGUUGUUAAACAGUAUUUGUCUCGAUUCAGUUUACCCUGGAGCACCGCCUACGACAAUGAGAAAUUGAAGCAGAAAGUAUGGGACUUGUCUUCGCCAUUGGCAACAACUGCCAAAAUCACUGAGUUUGUCCCGCUAAGGAGAGAUUCUGGGGCGUUUGUCAAAUUCAAGUAUCCGCCAGAAGUCCCUGCCACCCAAUUCAUUGAAGAAAUACGAGAGAACGUUGAGAGAAAUGAACAAGAAAGAGUAAACAGCAACAUACUCACAAGACUCUACCACCAGAUCUGGCGAAAUGUGCCAAAGGUGUACUCCGUAAAAGGUACACCAUGGAUUGAAGACUUGCGCCGGUUCCCCAGUCCCAAACUCUCAGUCAAAUUCGAAGGUGAUCCGUUGACCGAAGAAGAAUUGUAUGUGUUGUUCCGUCGAUACGGCUUGAUUAAUGAGAUUGAACCUGGUGCCACUGAAGCGUUUAUAUAUUUCCAUAGCACGAGAGCGGCAAUCAGUGCUAAACAUUGUAUCACAGGCAUGGUGUUGAAUGGGGGCAAGACCACGCUUCACAUUCAAUUUGUUGCCAUUAAGAGAUCGAAUUUCUUGGUUCUGUUGAUCUCGAACCACACUAAGAUUGCCAUCCCAGUGUUGAUUGCGCUUUUGGCCACAUUUGCUGUGUUGAUUUUUGAUCCUAUUCGAGAAUGGUUUAUUGAGUACAAGAUACUCCACAACAGGAAAUCGUUUGACCAGUUUAAGGAGAGCAGAUGGUUCAAGUAUCUCUACAUUCCAUACAGAACCAUCACUGGAUGGGUGUAUAGUAGUUACGACUACAUUGACAGUCAAAUCCAGGAGGUUACCGGGCUGAGUUGCUCUGAGGAGGAUGACAGCAGCAACGGCUCAAACAUUGUUGAUGGGCAAUCGGUUCGUGACCUCAAGAAUGAAAGCAACAUGUUUUGGAUAGAAAGGUACGAAAAGUCAAAGCAACUCCAGUUAUGGAUUAUGGAGAAUGCUAACACAUUUAUCAUUGUCAAGGGGCCCCAAGGGUCUGGUAAAGAGGAGUUUGUGUUAGAGCACAGUUUGGGGUCAGACGAACGGUUAAAUAAGAAAGUUUUGGUGCUUGAGUGUGACCAGUUGGGCAAAGCACGGUCAGACAACAAUUUGAUAAACACGACUGCAUCGCAGUUGGGGUAUUUCCCAGUUUUCACAUGGACAAACACGGUGUCACGUUUUGUUGAUUUGGGAGUUCAGGGAUUAACCGGACAGAAAUCAGGUUUAAGCGAGAGCAAGGAGACGCAAAUCAAGAACAUGUUUCUGUUGGCGACCCAAGCCAUUCGGAAAAUCACAACCAAUGAGUACAACAAAUAUGUCAAGAGUGUUGAGAGAAGAAACAAGAGAUUGAAGGACGAUGAGAAAAUCGAAGUCCUCAAAGAAGAACAAUUCUUGCAACAGCACCCCGAAGCUAAACCAAUCAUUGUGUUGAACAAGUACAGCCGUCGUGCAGAUGUGCUGCUGAAUGAUUUUAUUCCUCCAUUAGUUGCAGAUUGGGCGUCUGGGUUGGUGCAGAACAACACGGCACAUGUGAUAUUUUUGACAGCAGACGUUGGGUCGCUCCAGCUCUUGAAUGAUGCCUUGCCCAACCAGGUGUUCAAGGACAUUUCACUUUCCGAUGCCUCCAUGUCCAGCUCAAGACAGUAUGUCUGUGAUGUACUUAAGGUCAAAGAUACUAGCACUUUGGACGAAUGCCUUGAGCCUUUGGGAGGUAGAAUGUUGGACUUGCAGUCGUUUAUCAGACGUAUCAAGUCAGGAGAAAGCCCACAACAGGCAAUCAACGAGAUGAUUUCCCAGGCUGCUGAGUUGAUAAACACAUUUUUCUUGAACAGUCAUCACAAAUUUGGUGCUGGUGAUAGCAACUGGGAUCCAUCGCAGGUGUGGCUCAUUAUGAAGUUGUUGUCUGAAUGUGACACCAUUAAUUAUAGUGAGUUGGUGAAACUGCCAUUGUUCAAAGUAUCGAAGGAAACGUUAGAGAUUUUGACGACAUUAGAAAAGUACGAUUUGAUAUCUUUGAAGCGUGAUAAGGGGGUGUUGGAUAAGAUAUCUACGGGUAGACCAUUGUUCAAGGCAGCGUUUGCCAAUAUCAUUAGUGAUUUGCGAAUUUGGAAGUUGUAUGAGACUGAGUAUAUUGGACGGUUGAUAUCGCUUGAGGCAGCCAAGAUUCAGAAAUUGGAAGAGGAAUUGGAGAAGAUCUACAAGAUUGGUAAAGUAGAUGGCAGAAUCGAUUAUGUAUCACAGAAAAUUGAAGCGUCUAAUAAAAAGAUUUUGGAUUUGGAAAAGCAAGCUGCUGAUGUUGCAAGCUAUACGGGUAAACCAGAUGGCAAAUCAUUUUUAGGUAUCAAGUUUUGA